AUGGUUUUUGGAGUUUCGAGGAACUCUACAUAUAGGGCUAAUACCGUCUCGCAUGCGGCAUUGGCCUUGGAUUCUGACCUACGUAACUCGGUUAUUGAGGCGUUUAGUAGUCCUAGUCCUGACGAUAUAGUUUUAUCAGCUCAAGAACAAGGUUUUUCAAAUUUGGAGAAAAAGUUGGGAGGACUGGCUAUGAAUGACCAAAUCAAAAAACCAGUAGCCUCACCGUUACCGAAAUCCACUUCGUCAGCUCCUUUGAAGUAUAACAUCAGUAGUGAACUGGUACAAACCAAAAAGCCAUCGCUAAGUUUUGUUGUCAUUGGCCAUGUGGAUGCUGGCAAAAGUACUUUAAUGGGUAGGUUAUUGUAUGAUGUAGGCGCUGUGGAUAAGCACAUCAUCGAUAAAUAUGCCAAAGAAUCAGGAAAUGUAGGGAAAGGAUCUUUUGCGUUAGCAUGGGUAAUGGACCAAACGGAAGAAGAAAGGAAUAGAGGGGUCACAAUUGAUAUUGCUGUCAGUACUUUCUAUUCAAAUGGAAUCCAGUUCACAAUAGUGGAUGCGCCAGGCCAUCGAGACUUUGUCCCUAAUAUGAUUGCUGGUUCGUCGCAAGCCGAUGUGGCAGUUCUUGUCGUUGAUUCUGCUACCAAUGCUUUUGAAUCCGGAUUCAGCUUGGAUGGACAAACAAAAGAACAUGCAAUACUGGUGCGAAGUUUGGGUGUGGACAGAAUUUUGGUGGCGGUUAACAAGUUAGAUACUGUGGAUUGGUCUUUUGAUAGAUUCGAGGAAAUACGCAUUCAACUCACAGAAUUUCUGACCAAGGUAGUUGGAUUUCAGUUAUCGAAGAUUACCUUCAUUCCUGUAUCUGGAUUAAAUGGCGACAAUGUCGUAAAUAAUAAAUCUGACGUUUCCUGGUAUUCAUCAAAGAAAACUAUUUUGUCAGAGCUAGAAUCAAUCGCCAUCAAUGAAAAAUCUUAUUCUCUGAAAAAGGAUCAUGAAAAGGAUUUUCGAAUGAUAAUCGCAAAUUUUUACGCUGUUCCACAUACGUCCGAUGUUGCUGUUCAAGGAAAAAUUGACUCUGGUUCCGUACAAAUCGGUCAAUUGUUGAAGGUUAUUCCGUCAGGAAUGGUUACACAAGUCAGGUCGAUAUCCCCUAUAGGGGAAGAUUCCUCGACUAACAAGUCUGAAUCAAAGCGGGAGUGGGCCAUCGCUGGCGACAACAUUCUACUGAGUGUACCGGCGACAAGUAUAGAUCUGGAUAAAGUCAGCGUAGGUGAUGUUUUGGCUAACCAAGAUUCAAAUAUUGAAUCUGUUCAUAAGUUCACAUCUAGGAUUGUAGUAUUCGACGUGGCAAGGCCCCUCCUUCCUGGCACGAAAGUGCUUCUUCACCGGGGACGUACAAACGAACCUUGUAAAAUAUCCAGACUAGUAUCCAUUUUAGAUAAGUCUACAGGAACCCCUAUCAAGAAAAAGCCUCGAUUUCUAUCCAGCGGCCAAACUGCUACCGUGGAUAUUGAGCUGGAAGGUGAUCAAACCAUCCCAUUGGACACGUUUUCCAACAGUAAAGAACUUGGAAGGUUUGUUCUUCGUAAGGGUGGUUCUACCAUUGCAGCAGGUGUAGUUGAUUCACUAAUUUCAUCUAAAGAGAAUACGCCAUCAACAGUACCAGCGUAG